AUGGGCGACUCUAAUUUGGCCCAGGCCCAGGCCCAGCUGGGCUCUGUCGCCCUCAACGGCUCCUCGCCAAAGAAGGUGGCCUACUUCUAUGAUUCAGAUAUCGGUAACUACGCAUAUGUCACUGGUCAUCCUAUGAAGCCCCAUCGAAUUCGUCUUGCGCACAGCUUGAUCAUGCAGUACAAUCUGUACCAGAAAAUGGAAAUUUACCGAGCUAAACCCGCGACGAGAGGCGAAAUGACACAAUUCCAUACCGAUGACUACAUUGAUUUUUUGCAAAAGGUCACUCCAGACAAUAUGGACAGUUACAUGCGUGAGCAGGGCAAAUAUAACGUCGGCGACGAUUGCCCGGUCUUUGAUGGGUUGUUCGAGUUCUGUGGAAUCAGUGCUGGUGGAAGCAUGGAGGGCGCUGCCCGCUUGAACAGACAGAAAUGCGACAUUGCUGUCAACUGGGCUGGUGGCCUUCACCAUGCCAAGAAAUGUGAAGCAAGUGGUUUCUGCUAUGUCAACGAUAUUGUUCUCGGCAUUCUCGAGCUUCUGCGAUUCAUGAAGCGCGUCCUCUACAUCGAUAUUGACGUUCAUCACGGUGAUGGGGUCGAGGAAGCGUUCUAUACGACCGACCGUGUUAUGACAGUAUCCUUCCACAAGUACGGCGAAUACUUUCCUGGCACCGGUGAAUUGCGAGACAUCGGCAUUGGACAGGGUAAAAACUAUUCUGUGAACUUUCCGUUGCGCGAUGGUAUCACCGACCAGACCUACAAAUCGAUUUUUGAGCCAGUCAUCGAGAGCGUUAUGAAGUACUACCAGCCUGAAGCCGUUGUUCUCCAGUGCGGCGGUGACAGUUUAUCUGGCGAUCGCCUGGGUUGUUUUAACCUGAGCAUGGAUGGUCACGCUAACUGCGUGAACUACGUCAAGAGCUUCGGGCUACCCACCUUGGUCCUGGGCGGUGGUGGUUACACGAUGAGAAACGUUGCUCGUACAUGGGCAUAUGAGACUGGUGUUCUGGUUGGCCAAGAAAUGGACCGUACUUUACCAUACAAUGAAUACUACGAAUACUAUGCUCCGGACUUCGAGUUGAACGUGCGAGCUUCAAACAUGGAAAACUCAAACAGCAGAGAGUAUCUAGAUAAGAUCACCGUCGCAGUCAUCGAUAAUCUUCGUCAGACUGGGCCUGCUCCCUCAGUUCAGAUGCAAGACGUGCCGCGGAAGCCAUUUGGCGGUAUGACUGAUGAAGAAGAGGCCGAACUAGAUGAUUUAGACGAAGACGAAAACAAGGACGUUCGAAUGACUGAGCAUCGCUGGGACAAGCAUGUUGAGAAUGGGGCGGAAUUCGAGGCCAGCGACGACGACGAAAUGGCUGCUGCAAAUGGUGCAACUCGAAGCAAUGGAAACAAGGGGACUUUCAAUGACUUCAAGAGCGCUGAUGCAGCGGAGGAUUCUCGCAGCAAGUCGCCCAGGGAGAAACAGGACGACAACACUAAGGAGGCCGUCGAAGCCGAAACUCACGAUGUGAACGAUGACACGAUUGAGGACGUCGGGGCUAUGGAAGAACAGGAGAAUCAGGCUGCUGAACAAGAAGAGAAAGAAGACCAAGACUUGAAGAAGAAUAAGGUCGAUGCUGACGGUGAUGUCGGUAUGACAUACUCGAGUGUCGCCGACGAAGCCACCAUCAAAAAGGAGGAGGGCGAACCCGAAUCUGUGCCCGAGGAUGAGAAGGAGCCAGAGAAACCUACGGAAGAGAAGCCUUCUGUUGCGGAACCAGACAAACCCGCCGAGGCUGAAGGGGCCACAGAAGUCAAGGCAAGCGACAAGCCUGCGGUUGACCAGGUGUCCGAAGAACCGGUCGAGAAAGAAGGCGAGGCCCAAGCAACAACUGAAGCUGAAACAGAACCUAUGGAAGUCGACGACAAAGAGAAGUCUGAGGACAAAGCUGAGUUUCCAAGUAGUAAAUUCCUACUCUGA